CGGGGCGCGGGAGCGGGGCGGGGCCGCCGCACUGGGGAGCCAUCAGCAUCGGCGCCUCCGCUCCGCUCCGCUCCCCUCCGCGCCGGGAGAGCCGCAGCGGGGUCCGGGCCCUGCACCCAGCGCAGCCGCGGGCGGGAGCGAGGGAGGGAAGGAAGGAGUGGAGCCCGGCGCCGCCCGGGUGUGGGAGGCGCGUUCGGCGCCCGGUAACUGCCGGGCAGUGGCGGCGGCCGGAGGCGGGUGUGUCUCCCAGCAUCCCCAGGAACAGCCAUGGCCUCGCAGAACGCUGACCCCGCCGCCGUGCCUAGCGUAGCCGCCCGCAAAGCGGCUGAGGCGGGGGCGACGGCGGCCCGCGGCUCGGUGGGGAAGAGGCUGCAGCAGGAGCUGAUGGCGCUCAUGAUGUCUGGUGACAAAGGCAUCUCCGCCUUCCCGGAGUCCGACAACCUCUUCAAGUGGAUCGGGACCAUCGACGGUGCCGCCGGCACGGCCUACGAGGAGCUGCGGUACCGGCUGUCGCUGGAGUUCCCCAGUGGCUACCCCUACACCGCACCCACGGUGAGGUUCCUGACGCCCUGCUACCACCCCAACGUUGACACCCAGGGCAACAUCUGCCUUGACAUCCUCAAGGACAAGUGGUCGGCCCUCUACGACGUCCGCACCAUCCUGCUCUCCAUCCAGAGCCUGCUGGCAGAGCCAAACGUCGAGAGCCCCCUGAACACACACGCUGCUGAGCUCUGGAAGAACCAAGUGGCCUACAAGAAGUACGUGCGGGAGACGUACGCCAAGCAGGCCAAGAGCCAGGAAACCUGACCCACACCACCUCUCCCAGUCGUACCUGGGCCUCUGCCCACUCCCUCUCUGGCCGCUCCUCCCAGCUUUCUGUAUCAUAGGCUGUUUUUAAGUUAAUUUUGCAGUCCAAGCCACAGUUAAUGUAUAAAUAAAUGCAUGUUUAUAACUUUU